UUCCUGCCUCUCUCAGUCCGGGUUUGGAGACUCCGGCGUCCUCCGACUUUUCAUGGAAGAGAUGUCAGGAGAAAGUGUGGUGAGCUCAGCGGUGCCAGCGGCUGCUACCCGCACCACUUCCUUCAAGGGCACGAGCCCCAGCUCCAAGUACGUGAAGCUGAAUGUGGGCGGAGCCCUCUACUACACCACCAUGCAGACGCUGACCAAGCAGGACACCAUGCUGAAAGCCAUGUUCAGCGGGCGCAUGGAAGUGCUCACUGACAGCGAAGGCUGGAUCCUUAUUGACCGGUGUGGGAAACACUUCGGUACGAUACUCAACUACCUCCGUGACGGGGCAGUCCCCUUGCCCGAGAGCCGCCGGGAGAUUGAGGAGCUGCUGGCGGAAGCCAAGUACUAUCUGGUCCAGGGCCUGGUGGAAGAAUGCCAGGCAGCCUUACAAAACAAAGAUACUUAUGAGCCUUUCUGCAAAGUUCCUGUCAUCACCUCAUCCAAGGAAGAGCAGAAACUUAUAGCGACUUCAAAUAAGCCAGCCGUGAAGCUGCUCUACAACAGAAGUAACAACAAAUACUCGUAUACCAGCAAUUCUGACGACAAUAUGUUGAAAAACAUUGAGCUCUUUGAUAAGCUGUCUCUGCGCUUUAACGGAAGGGUCCUGUUCAUAAAGGAUGUCAUUGGGGACGAAAUCUGCUGCUGGUCCUUUUACGGUCAGGGCCGCAAGAUUGCUGAGGUCUGCUGCACCUCCAUCGUCUAUGCCACUGAGAAGAAACAGACCAAGGUGGAGUUCCCAGAGGCCCGGAUUUAUGAGGAGACCCUCAAUAUUUUGUUGUACGAGGCCCAGGAUGGCCGAGGACCUGACAACGCACUCCUGGAGGCCACAGGUGGGGCAGCUGGCCGCUCCCAUCACCUGGAUGAAGAUGAGGAGCGAGAGCGGGAGCGGAUCGAGCGCGUGCGGCGGAUCCACAUCAAGCGUCCGGACGACCGGGCCCACCUCCACCAGUGAGCAAGCAGGCGAGCCGCCCUCCUCCCCUCUCCCCUGCUCUUCACUCCGAUGCCUGCAGCCUCCUGGGCACCUUCCACUUCCCCUGGAGUCUGGAGAUACUUUUUUGUAACAAGCCAGAUGAUUAUUUUGGUAUUUCUCAACCAGGUGACUGUCUUUCCCCAGGUGAAUGCACCCCUGUUCUUGAGCAAGCUGUGUCCAAGGUCUCCCCCUUCCGUGGGGAUCUGAGAAUCCUUGGAGCCAGGCUUUCUUGGUUCUUGGAGAAAAGUAUGAAUGGGUAUGAAGUAGACGUGAGAAAUUUUGUUUGCAGUAUUUAUUUUGUUGGGUGCUGACUACCUGUUCGGCCUUUGCGGGGGGGGCAUUCCUUCAGGGUUCCAUCUGACCGCUGCAACAGGGAUCCUGCAGUUGGCUGCCACCAGAGGUUUCCCUGAGCUCCUUGUUUCAUAAUCUUCCGGCCCUGCAUGCUGGCUGCGUUCCUGUG